GGAUGAAGAUUAAUCGCUUUUAUGGCGUAUUAAAGGCAGAAUUUAGGGAGUUCAUCACUCCCUCGAAGUGUGAGACUCUUGACGAGCUCAUCAAUCUAGCGCGGGAUAGAGAAAUCGAGAUCAAGAGGCAAGAAGAGCGUGGAGAAAAGAGACCCAAUGAAAAAGGUGGAAGUUCGACCCCGACCAAAAAGGGGAAGUAUCAAGAGCAAGGAAGAAAGGAUAAGUCGAAGAGUGGUAUCACGCCGUGCAAGACUUGUGGAAAACUUCAUACGGGGGAAUGUUUGUUAGGCAAGAAAGGGUGUUACAAAUGCGGUAAGGAGGGACACUCAUCUUAUCAAUGUCCGAGUAGCCCGAAAACUUGUUUCAACUGUUUCGAAAAGGGGCACAUCAAAUCUGAGUGCCCGAAACUCCAGCAAGAGUCGAAGAAGGAAGAUAAGAAACAAGAAGGUUCUAAGGCCAAGGGUAGAAUGUACCAAAUUACAUCCGAAGAAGCCAAGUCUCUCCCGAAUGUGAUUUCAGGCGUGAAGGAAGAAGGCUCAAGUGCUAAGAAAACGGAAGGUUCACAAGAUCGAGGUAAAUCCUCGACUUAGGCGAUUGGACGACUUGGAACGUGCACACAUGGUUUACGCCCGCUUCUCGCUUCCGUUGUUAAGCCCCUUUUUGGAAUGGUUUAAGACUUGGUCUUUUGUAUUUAAGUCUAGUUAGUAUGUUGUCAUCUUUGUCGUAGGGUAAAAAAAUUUGGUAGAUGGAAAUCAUGUCGUGACCAAUGUGAACUUGUUUGUUUGUUUUGGGUUUUUGUCAGAAAUGUUUAGUGUUUAAGUUUGGUUUGUAAAACAGGUGGUUAAUGAUGUCCAAACGAAUAGGUCAUGUCGAAAUUUUCAAAAAUA